AUGAAUCUCUCUACCGAGGAGGAGAAGCUGCAGGAGAUGCAUAACUGGUGGCCUGGCCUGACAGUCAGAUGCCCAGAUCCUUGGAUCAAUCCCCUUCACCAGAAACUAUCCAUCACUGAUAUCAAAUCGCUAUACCAUAAGCAUAUUAUGGAUGGUGCCAGCCCGCCAAACUUGGUGACAGAUGAAUGGUGCUAG